AUGACUUGCGCCAAGUGCAAACAGUCAGAGUCCGAUACUCUGAUCCUGAAGAAAUGCGGUGGCUGCAACUCAAUUUGGUAUUGCUCAAAGACAUGCCAGAAACAAGACUGGGAUUCCCACAAAGACGACUGCAAAGCCACAACCCGCAGUCAAGCCAUCAACAAAGCAGCUGAAUCCACUGCAGUCAGCUCUGAGACCCGCACAAAAGAACAAAAAGCGGCGAUGAAUUGCAUAACGGCACACCUGAAAGACAAAUUCGCCGUCCUGGACGUUGAAAUCUUCUUCCCCUUCCAUGCCCUCCGAUGCAGCUCCUGGCUCGAUAGCCGCUCCAAAAAAGAUGUCUUCAAGCUGCUCAUUGAUUCUUACCGCCUGCGUGUGUGGGAUGAUCGUCCGUACGUGAUGCAGCACUUGUUCACAAACGUGAGCGAUUUCGGCCUGUACCUUCGACAGGCGGAGAAAAGGGGCGACCUUGUGCCUGAGUGGUGGGCUGGGGAUACUGGGGUUGAAUGCAUGCUUUUUGCUUCUUCUAAUGAUGACUGGAGCUCUGCUGUGGUUGACAUCUCUGAGGAGCGUAUCAUGGGUUUUUAUCCCGAGCUGUUCAUGCCGUUGCAGAUGCGGAUCUUUGCUGAGCAGGUGCUUGGUAUUGGGCUUAGUGGGCAUAGCUUCUUGUCUACUAUUGAACUUUAUUUGAUUUCUGAGGAGGGGAAGAUUAUAAAUUCGAUGUCGAGGAACUGA